UCGAGUAAUCAAGGGCACUUAGAGCUCACUCUCUGCUUUGUGCGUGUGGUCAAGUAACUAUAUUGCUGUGCAGCAAUGGCAGGCAAGGCCUCGAUCGCUCUGUUCCUGGCCGUCAACAUGGUCAUGUUCGCCAUGGCCAGAGCCUGCGGGGCUCACUGCCCCACGCCGUCGACGCCGCCCACCCCGUCGACUCCGACCCCGACCCCGGCCUCGUUCGGCAAGUGCCCCCGCGACGCGCUGAAGCUGGGCGUGUGCGCCAACGUGCUGGGCUUGAUCAAGGCCAAGGUCGGCGUGCCGCCCACGGAGCCCUGCUGCCCGCUGCUGGAGGGCCUCGUCGACCUCGAGGCCGCCGUCUGCCUCUGCACCGCCAUCAAGGGCAACAUCCUCGGCAUCAAGCUCAACCUGCCCAUCGACCUCAGCCUCAUCCUCAACUACUGCGGCAAGACCGUGCCCACCGGAUUCAAGUGCCUCUAAGCUAGCGGAUCCAUUGGUACAUGGCAUGAUCCGCGCAUGCCAACAUUCUUUUGCUUAUCAUUCGUUUUAGUGCAGGCAUAUCGGUUGCUACGUGCCAGCUAGCUAGUUGCAUGCAUGCAUGGGCAAAGCACGUACUACGUAUGUAGCCGGUUUGACCAGCUUUUGCUUUUGGCUGCUUCCUGUGUAAGUCCUUGCAUGGACGUGUCCCUGGACUAUUUGGGUUAUUAAUUCUUUUGUAUUCGGCAAUCUGCUUGUAUGAAUAAACUUUAUUUUCUUAGCUAUAU